AGGGGGAGAAAGUAACAUGGUGGCCGCUUCCUCCCCAAACAGGAGCGGCGGCGGGUGCGGCGGCUCCUGAGGCGGCGACGGGCGCGGGAGAGCGGCGGGGCGGGGGCGGCCGGGCCGAGGGGCAGGGGCCGGCGGGAGCGGCGGCAGGAAGUACUGACAUAACCAUGAUAGAAGACAAAGGUCCACGAGUGGCUGACUAUUUCGUAGUGGCGGGGCUCACUGACACAGACACGGCAACCCUCCUGGACCAAGAAAUAAGCAGACAUGAAACAAAGUCGACAGGUCCCAAGGCUCCAAUUACUGACAUUGCUGUGAUAAUUAAAUCAGCCGGUGAAACUGUUCCAGAGGGAUACACCUGUGUUGAAGCCACCCCUACAGCCCUCCAAGCCAACUUAAACUAUGGAAGUCUAAAGAGUCCUGAACUUUUUCUUUGCUACAAGAGAGGCCGGGACAAACCACCUCUUACUGACAUUGGAGUUCUAUAUGAAGGGAAGGAACGCGUAAUUUCGGGCUGUGAGGUGAUUCAGGCUACUCCAUAUGGCCGYUGCGCUAAUGUUAACAACAGCUCGGCUUCCUCGCAACGCAUCUUCAUCACCUACCGAAGGGCUCCUGCAGUGCGACCUCAGAAUUCAUUGGCAGUGACAGAUAUCUGUGUUAUUGUCACCAGCAAAGGGGAAACCCCUCCUCACACAUUCUGUAAAGUGGAUAAGAAUUUAAACUGUGGUAUGUGGGGUUCCAGUGUAUACCUUUGUUACAAGAAGUCUGUGCCAGCUUCUAACUCUUUAGCAUAUAAAGCUGGUUUAAUUUUCAGAUAUCCUCAAGAGAACUAUGAAUCAUUUCCACUGUCAGACUCUGUACCUCUCUUCUGCCUUCCUAUGGGAGCUACUAUUGAGUGCUGGGACUCUCAAACCAAAUAUCCACUCCCAGUGUUCUCAACAUUUGUACUGACCUGCUCUUCUGCUGAAAAGGUUUACGGUGCUGCUAUCCAGUUUUAUGAGCCUUAUCCUCGGGAGCUGCUAACAGAGAAACAGCARUCGCAGCUGGGUCUUCUGACAACUGUAGAGAGAAAAGUGAUUACUUCCAAGUCCAUCAAUUCCAACAAAUGCAUCUGUCUUCUCUCACACUGGCCUUUCUUUGAAGCAUUUAGAAAAUUUCUUAUGUUCAUCUACAAACUCUCUGUCUCUGGACCUCAUCCUCUUCCCAUUGAGAAGCAUAUAUCCCAUUUUAUGCACAAUAUACCUUUCCCAUCACCACAAAGGCCAAGGAUUCUUGUGCAGCUUUCUGCCCAUGAUGCAUUAAUAUUGUCACAGCCAGUUUCUACACCAUUGCCAUUAAGUGGAGCAAACUUUAGCACUCUGCUCAUGAAUCUUGGACCUGAAAACUGUGCCACUCUGUUACUCUUUGUAUUACUAGAAGGCAAGAUCCUCCUCCAUUCCCUUAGACCAGCUGUGUUGACAGGAGUUGCUGAAGCUGUAGUAGCUAUGAUAUUUCCAUUUCAGUGGCAAUGUCCAUAUAUCCCCCUCUGUCCUUUGUCUCUGGCCACCGUACUCAGUGCACCUCUUCCAUUUAUUGUUGGAGUUGAUUCACGAUACUUUGAUCUGUAUGAUCCACCACAGGAUAUUGUUUGCAUUGACUUAGACACAAACAUGGUCUACAUAUCAGAUGAUAAGAAGAGCACCAACUGGAAGCAGUUUCCUAAAAAGCCAUGUAAAAAUCUGCUCAGCACCUUAAAGAAACUGCACCCACAGCUGGCAGCAGUUCACAGGAAAACUCAAGAAGGCUCUGCAGUGGAAAUGACACCUAUAGAGGCAGAUUUCUCCUGGCAGAAGAAGAUGAUAGAACUUGAGAUGGAGAUCCAGGAAGCUUUUCUCCGUUUCAUGGCAUCUAUUUUGAAGGGCUACAGAACAUUCCUCAAGCCAAUUACACAGGCACCUUCAAAUAAAGCAACUGCUGCCGAUUCCUUGUUUGAUCAUCAAGGAUUUUUAAAAAGCAGAGAUCGUGCCUAUACAAAGUUCUACACUCAUCUUACCAAAACACAGAUAUUCAGCCGCUUCAUUGAAGAGUGCAGUUUUGUGAGUGACAAGGAUACUGGCUUGGCAUUUUUUGAUGACUGCAUAGAAAAGCUCUUUCCAGAUAAAGGAACGGAAAAAGGCGAGAAGGUUGAUGUAGACUCUGUUGAAGAYGCACGCUUGAUUGAGCUUGAUGAGUCACAAAAAAGUGAACACACAGUGUUCAUAAUGCCACCAGAACCGCCUGCUGAUGAUGGGCAGGACCGAGUGCCAAAAUACAGCUAUAAGAACUUCCCACGACUAGAUUUCAAGCUCUUUGACAGGCCACAGGAGCUCAAGCUCUCCUUCAGCAGACACCCRGCUGGGAGCAGUAUUUCAAAUAGUCCAGCACUCAUGGCCAAGAGGACAAAACAGGAGAUAAAAACAGCCCAUAAAUUAGCCAAGAAGUAUUACGUCAGCCCCUCACAGUGGGCUAAAUGUCUCUUCAGUCAUAGUUACAGCCUGUGGUUUAUUUGUCUGCCAGCGUAUGUCAGAGUUGCACAUCCCAAGGUCAAAGCACUGCAACAGGCAUAUGAUGUUCUGAUUAAAAUGAGGAAAACCGAUGUGGAACCACUAGAUGAGGUCUGUUACAGGGUAGUAAUGCAGCUCUGUGGAUUGUGGGGUCAGCCUGUUCAGGCUGUGAGGGUCCUUUUUGAAAUGAAAAAUGCUGGAAUACAGCCAAAUGCCAUCACCUAUGGUUAUUACAAUAAGGCGGUUUUAGAGUCAUCUUGGCCUAGCAGUAACCGCAGUGGCAUAUUCCUGUGGACAAAGGUACGAAAUGUAGUUCAUGGCACAGCGCAGUUUAGGCAGUGCUUAAAGAAAUCAACGCAGAACCUGCGAGUGCCUGUGAUAUCAGCUCUGCGGAGUCCCACGGGUGGAAGUGAUGGGGACAUGGUGAGCCAUGGUAGCGUGGAUAGUUCUAAUGAUGCUAACAGUGGGGAUCACACCCUCUUCGUCAGUGACUUAGUCAGGCUUGAUUCCGUUGAUAAUCACUCUAGCACAGGUGGUCAGUCAGACCAGGGUUACAGGUCCAAGGAUGAACUUUUGAGAGAUGGUGAGAAUAGUCUUUCUGCAACUGAAACACGAGUAGAGAAAGAUAUUUCUUCUAAUGCUGAAGACUUAAUAAGAGAGGUUUCCACAGAAAAAUCUUACGAAAAGCAACAGCCAAAUACAGAAAUUCUGAGUUCAAGUGAUCCACCUGCUUCGGGUAACAGUAUUGUGAAAGUUCCAUCUGGCAUUUUUGAUAGCACUGGAAGGAAGAGCAGUGGUGAAACUGUUUCUAGCCCACUGUUCCUAACUCAGGAUUCARUCGAAGAUGCAGUCUUUGGUAAUGUUUCUCCUAAGAAAACAAGUGAAAAAAGACAGAGGAGGCAAAAACUGUUUUCAGAGAGAAGCUGCAGUUUCAGCAGUGAAAGCAGAGCUGGAAUGCUGCUGAAAAAAGACAGCUUGGACUUGAAUUCUAAAGAAAUAGCAAUAAUGAUGGGUGCAGAUGCCAAGAUCCUGACAGCAGCUUUGUCUGUGGCCAAAACUUCACCCUGUCAUAUGAAUAAAUCUCACAGCUUUGAAAAUAUCACUGACCAGCAGGUUUCUGACAUAAGUGGCACAUGGAGUUGUGUGACUGGGAGUGACUGGGAGCUAGAGCAUAGGUCUUCACCAGUGCUGGAAGAACCUGGGGAAGGGCAAGAGCAUCUUGAGAAUGAAAGAGAUGGAAACAUGAACACAGUGGAAGACACAAACCUUGAACCAUCAGCUGAGUAUGAAAARCAGAAACCGGAUUCCAAAGAUGCACCUCCUAAAAGAAAUAGCUUUUAUGGGGUGGCUAAACCUAUCGAAAGGGAAGAUGUUGAAGUAGGCUUGGACCCUUUGUCUUUGCUAGCCACUGACAGCAUGCAACCAAGCURUCCAGAACCUGGGGAAAAAUUGGUGUCACCUGUUGCAGCACGUAAUUUGGCAGAUGAAAUAGAGAGCUACAUGAAUUUGAAGAACCCACUGGGUAGUAAGUUUCCCAGCAUGGAACUKCACAAGGCAGAUACAGAAGCAGAAGCUUCUGGUACACUUGGUCACUCCCAAGAAAGAAGGUCAAGCCUGCCUUUGGAUCCCAUCCUGCCAUCCCCCAAGGGCUACCAAAGUCGAAGAAGUCCUUCUGUCUCCAGAUCCAAAACCUUCACUGGACGAUCGAAGCAACAAACCCAUGCMCAAGUUCAAAAGGAACGGUCUUCAUCUUUGACAGGACUGGGUCGUUCUUCUCCACAUGGCUCACUGGGAACUGUUGUAACAACUUUAUCCAAUCUGAAGUUAGACCAUAUAUUGUCUGGACCAAAAAUGGAUGUUUUGAAAUCAGGCAUGAAGCAGGCUGCCAAUGUGGCCAGUAAGAUGUGGGGGGUUGUAACUUCAGCAUAUAGUUACUCAGAUGAUGAGGAAGAAAACCAUCGACCAGACUUUAACUUUCCUGUGGGUUUUGAAGAUAAUAUUUUAGGAGAAAAUUUGUUGUCAAGAGCUGGAGUCCCAAGCCUACUUACAARUGAGCUUGCACAAAGCACUACUAGUCUCGGCAGUAGCAGCAGCAGUGGAGAUGUAGGAAGACAGCAUUACAGUGCAGGUGAAGUUUCAUUCCCAAAAAGUAUGAAAGUUCUAGAUUCUGAGAAAUCAGAGCACAGCUCUUCACAUAAUACUAGUUUAUCCAGCAUUUUCCAGAACUAUGCAAUGGAGGUCUUGAUGUCAAGCUGCUCUCAAUGUAGAGCUUGUGGUGCUUUGGUUUAUGAUGAAGAAAUUAUGGCUGGGUGGACAGCAGAUGAUUCAAACUUGAACACUACCUGCCCUUUCUGUAAAAGUACCUUCCURCCUUUGCUUAAUGUUGAAUUUAAAGACCUUCGUGGUUCUGCAAGCUUUUUCCUGAAGCAAAGUACCUCAGGAGAUAGUUUACAGAGUGGUACCCUUCCAUCAACCACGGAUCCCCUGGAGGAGAAACUGUUGUCCAGUCCAGCCGAUGCUGACCUGAUCAGUUUUUCAGAUCAYGUGCAGUCCAGCCCCACCAUAGCUGAAGAAACUAGCUGUUCAGCUGAGCACGGUGGUGCGGCAGAAGAAGAGACAGAUCCCAGAACCAUAAAGACACAAGCCAAUAAUCCACCAAGAAGGGUAGUAUCCUUGACUCGGAGCCACAGUGUUGGAGGUCCGCUGCAAAACAUUGAUCUUUCCCAGAGACCAUCCCAUGGCAUUUCAACAGUUAGUCUUCCAAAUAGUUUGCAAGAAGCUGUGGAUCCUUUACUAAAACGACCUAACCCUGCUCCUGUAUCUGUACCCUAUUUGAGCCCCUUGGUACUGCAUAARGAGCUUGAAUCACUGUUGGAGAAUGAGGGAGAGCAAGUAGUUCAUACAUCCAAAUUCAUCAAUCAGCACCCCAUAAUCUUCUGGAACCUAGUYUGGUACUUCCGAAGGUUGGAUCUGCCUAGCAACCUACCUGGACUCAUUUUAACAUCUGAACACUGCAAUGAUGGAGUGCAGCUUCCUUUGACAUCUCUUGCUCAGGAYAGCAAGCUAGUAUACAUCCAUCUUCUAUGGGACAAUAUCAACCUCCACCAAGAACCRGGGGAGCCCCUGUAUAUAUCUUGGAGAAAUCUCAAUUCUUCUGAAAAAAGACCCUCCACACUGGAAGAAGAUCAGGAGGCAACAAACACUUUGUUAGACAACAUUAAACUAAGUAUUCAACACAAUGAUGUYAUUAAGCCCAUCAACCUCCUCCUACAGAAAGUUAAGCCAGAUGUGAAACGACAGAGGAGUUUUUACAGGGAAAUUCUUUUCCUGUCUCUGGUGUCUCUUGGAAGAGAAAAUAUUGACAUUGAGGUCUUUGAUAGUGAAUACAGACUUGCACUUGAAAAACUACCAAGUGAAGUUCUUGAAAAGAUGCAGAAAAUAGAUGCUCCACCAAGCAGCAGGGUUGAGUGUUGCAGGAAGUGCUUUGGAGCACCUCUAAUAUAAAAACAAGAAAGGUGCACACUAAACUUUUGAGAGACAGAAGCAGAGGUGAACAAACCAGAAGCAUGGCAAUAUAUACACUUUUGAAUCCCAAAAAGUGUUAAUUGGGCAAUUUGUCAAAGCAAUUUCACUGAGCUGCAAUGUAUAUUCUUCUCUUUCAUCUCAUAGGCACAUUGUAAAGUAUGUCAAAAUGUUUUAAAGUUAUGACUUCAUUUCAGUGUUUGAUCUGCUUUGUCCCCAUAUAUAUUCUUUAAUUGGUUCAAAAAGGUGAUGGCUAAACAGCAGUCUACAGUUGGAGACUUUCUUGAGGGCCAACAUUAUUUGUGUAUUUKAAUUAAAUACUUUUCCAGUACUCAGAUUCUUCACUGCUUCUUUAAAAUAGUCUUUACCUAGAGAGGGAUCCUUCGAUUGGUGUGUGGCAUGGUUGUAUGAAUGUAAAUAUUUGAAACCUUGGAUUGGAAGCUGCAAUGCAGUUGCUUUCAUUGGAUCAUAGUACCUAAAAUUGAUACCCUUCUCCUGACUCUUGUCCCCKUCAGUAUUCUGAUUUAUCUUUUUCUGACAUUUUCAUAAUGUGUGUCUAUGGGUGAGAGAAAACAGAAACUGACGCUGAACUUCCUUGUAUUCUCUAUCUGAUAAAUUGUAAGAUCCUGUGAAAGUACAGGCUGCUUUCUGCAAAGGAGGAUAGGCUUCUACACUAAGCAGCUCAGAAUCGGAUGGCUUUCUAAAAAUUAGGUAGGAAGUUCAAAUGGCAUUAGAAUACGCAAAAGGAUUGUCAACAGAUACUGCCUGAAAAAAAUUAUGCUUUAUACCAUUUGUACGUGUGCUUAAAACGUGUCUUCCUUGAAUUCUUUAUCACCCUCUCCCUUGGUUUCAUACUAGCCUGUGGAUUAAUUGUUUUGCACUGAUAGUCCAGAUUCAAUAUUUCAAUUAAAAUGUAUUUAUAAAUGUGGUCUUCAAGGUGUAUAUUAGCAGGAAUGAAGUGCUUAUAUGUAUGAUCUGAAAAGAGGUAUCCAUCUUUAAGAUUGUGUGCAGUAGAUAAGACACUUCCUCACCUCACAUUUUUAAUUGACUACAGUAGUCAUGUCAUAUUCUUGGCAAGGAGAGCCUGGACACUGGUCACCAGUUAAAAUGUUUCUGUUACUUGAAGAAUAUGAUAAGAUUUAUUCCAGGUUUUUGCUGAAAUUUARUGGUGUGGCUUUCACAAUGGAAUAAUUCCUAGAGACAAAAAGAUAUUUGUAGCAUGUAAAAGGAGCAUAGCUUAAAAUAUUACUUGCAUCUGGGUAUGAAUGUAUUUACUUGAUAYUACUCUUAAAAAUUUUCAUUCUUCAAAAUUAUGAGGGAUGAAGAUCUGUCUGGAACAACUUUAACAUGAAACAAUAAAACCAACUUUCUGUUUUCAUGAGGCGAAAACAAAGGAUUUGCACUAUUUUUUGACAAAAUACAUUUGCAUCAUACACUGAUGCCUAGUAUUUUAUUUAAAAGUGCUGAUUCUAAGUUAAUAUGGGGAUAUUACCUGGACAGAUUCUCUCCUGAUAAAACUAUUGUGCUUUCUCAACAGCUAAAAGCAAGAAAGCACACAAUGACUUUUUUUAAAAUUCUGUAUUCUUUGGGUUUAUGCAUAGUUGCUUGCAGAUGUCUGACCUACAUCACAAUUAAAGAACAGUCCUUGAUUCUUUCAUCUUUUCCUCUCCAGUUACAUAAUUGACAUUGUUCAAUCUUUCUGAAGUUAAAACUUGUCUAAAGCAUUGGUCCAAACAAUUUAAUAUUUCUACAAAUCAAAGCCAGCAAAUUCUCCUGUGCAACUCUAUAUGUUAAUUUUCAACAGACAGCUACACAAAGACAUUUUUGAGUGUUAAGUGGAGAAACUUGUGAUUAUGUGAUGCAACUUGCAAGGAAUCAAGUCUUAGUUACCCUUAAAUUCUUCCAGCUCACUAAAUUACAAGRAAAAUCUGUGUAGUGAGUGCUGUUUUAGGUAUGUGACAUCCAAAUAGCUUAAAACAUAGUAAAUAAUAUUCUUAUGAACUAAUUUCUGUAAAUACAUCAUCUUCAUUUCCAAACAACUUUCUCAUCUGUAUUAGUGUUGUAAAKACAGCAAAGCAGAUUGUGUCACAAUGCCUAGUACUAAAUGUUAAAAUAUUCCUACGUAUUUACACUAAACAAACAAAAAAAUCCAAACAAAACUAAAGCCAGAAAAGAAAAAGAUAGCUGCAGGACUGAACUUGCUUUAAUUUAUUCUUGCCUAUUGGCAUUUUUAUACACUACAAAUUAACCUCUGUUCCUUGUGCAGUAGAAGUCCUGCAUGUAGCUACUUGAAAUCUUGAAUCUGCAUAUUGGAAUUGAUUCCUUAAUAUAGAAUUUAAAAAAAGGAAGACAUUAUCCUUUUUAAUAGGGAUUUUUUAAUGCUAACUUUUUAGUAGCUAACUAAUCAGUUGGUUCUUUAAUGUAAUCCUUAGCUCAGAUGAAAAGGGAGAUCUCUGAAAACAAUUUGUUUUCAUCUGAAAAGAUGCUUUUAUUGGGGAAAAGAAAGUAAAACUUUCAAAAAUCUGGCCAAAAAUAAAUAGGGAAAGGUUUCAAAAGCUUUUUUGUGAGUGCAUCGCAAACACUUUGUUCUGAAAAUUGGAUACUAAAGGCACGCUUCUCUGCAAUUUACUUGACAGGAUAAACUUCUUGGGCUACAUGAGGAUGACUUAGUUACCUACAAAUGCUUCUAAUUUCCUUGACAUCCAACUCCUAGGAAUACAAAUUUAUCUGAAUCCAUAACACAUUACUGAUCUGGGCAGUGUUGUGAAGGAGGGAUGUGGAUAAGCUUGAUUUUCCUGUCAGUGUACACAGAAGAAGUAGCAUUUUGCUCUCUUGCAAAAUUCCUGCCUCCACAUACUCUUUCUAGUAGCUCAAUAGCCAGUGUUCAGGAGGAGAUGGCUCCUCUGGCUGUGUUUUGUAAUUCACUCUUACAACCUGAGCAGAACAUUUGCAGAUCAGCAUUAACUUCAAAACAUGCAAUGUGUGUGCAGAGUGAGGGUGUAAAACAACCUGAUAAAAACAGUGGAUGUACACCUACGAACUUAGAAAGUUUGUAUUGGAAGAACAAUUAUCAAGGAGAAACUUCCUUGAAUUGUUGUCCUAAGGAUGUUGAACUGCAGCCAGUUUUGCAAAGAAGAUAUUAUCUUGCACCUUUCACCCAGCUACAAAUUAGUUACAUAUAUUUGUAUGAAAAUAGCUGUUUUUUUGUAGAAUUAAAACAACAAAUGAGAUCUUAAAUGUUUAAAAUAAUGAUUCUUAAGUUAUAAAGCUUUUCUUUAUGAAUUUUAUUCUGGCACAUCACCAAAAUCUAACAACUCUGAAACCCUUUAGGCCUAGGAGACUGAUGUGGCUGCAGUGUUGACUGCAUAUUAUUAGGAGCAUGUGUAUGUUACUUAAGUCAUGUCCUGUCUUCACAUUUUAUAUAACUCAAGUUUAGACAAUACAGUUAAAAUGGAAAACAUUUUAUUUAGUAUAUGUGUUUUGAACUAAAUUAAUUUUGCAAGUAACUUAUUCUUGUUCCUGGUGGAAUUUCACAUUGGUUAAGCUCAAGCUAUAUUGCACUUGUGAAUGAGAAAUUUUAUUCUAUUUUAACUGUGAAUUAAUGGCUUUUUGUAUUGCUGCAGCUGAAAGAAUAUACCUUUCAUUGAGUUUACUGCUUUCCUUGAAUAACUGCAACAUAGGGGAUAUUUUUCAACAUGUAUAUUAAAUUAGAUCAUAGAAAUUAUAUUUUUAAAUGAAUUCUUAAAGGAACUGAAGAAUCCGCUCAGUAGUUUUCUCUUUUUAAAACUUAAUCCAACAGUUAUUUCAAUGCAGAUAACUUCUAUUUCAUUAACAGUAMGCAGGUCAUCUUAUUCAUAUGACUACAUUUUAAACAAAAGGGUUCUCUUUUCCUUUCAACUAAUAAAAAUCUUAAAAAUGCAUUCUGUAUAUCAGCUUUCAUUACAGAUAUUUUUAAAAACAAGCACCGUUUUAAGUGUUGAAAUGGAAGGGUUGGAUUGGGCUCUGGUUCUGUAGUCUCCUGUGCUGUAUAUUGUGAUGCRUUCAUGAGAGAAUUGGAUGGUGUUUUUGUUUGUUCUUUCAGUCUGCAUCAACCGAUGGUGCAAAUAAAAGGGAUUGUUUGGUGUUGUUUAGAAGCACAUUAAACUCCUGUUAGGAGCUUAAAAUAAACUGUAAUGUAACAAGGAUGAAAUUAUGUAGUGUGAAUAAAUUAUGAAUUUAUUAAAUGAGCUGGAAAGCUUCAUGCAAUAAAAUUUGCACUGGUUUAAAGACUGUUUUGAACUGUUGAAAAAAUGGCAUCCAUUUACUGUGCUUUGAUUAACAGUUGUUUCUCUGUAAUGUUUUUGUACAUUUGACAAAAAAUUGAGUUUAAAAGGGCACUCUCUAUAUUCUGAAAUCUGUAUAGAUAUUCUAGACUAAGAAACAAUUUUUAAUGCUGUUCCCAAAAUAAAAUAUAUAUGCAUCCUGUGUAAAAAUUUCCAUUGUUC